GAGGCACCCACCACAACUACCGAAUCUUAGGAAAAGGCAUGACUAGACAUAUUUGAUACAAACCCAUUUAUUAACUUGCAAUGCCAUGACCAUGUUAAAACCCUUUUCUCAUCUUGUUCUUAUUUUGGACUAGUCGAUCCGUCGGGUUGUUCAAUUUACUUUUGUGUAGGCUAUCAUCUUUCUUUUGUCCUCUACCUAAUCUUGUAAGCCGCUUUACUGAUUUGUUUGCAUCUCCUUGUUGUUUUAACUUACAUCACUAUAAUGUCUACAUUAGCGUAGGAACCUGGGAGUGGAGGACAGCUGGCCUGUCGAAAAAGAUAGUGAGGAGGCAAGAAUGUGAACGUCGUUCACUGUCAGCAUGGAGUUCACAUCCCCAAGGCAAGCUGAACAUAUUCCUACGCACUAGACUCCCUCGGCCUUUGACCGCGAACUUGUACACGUCCGUGACGCAAUGAGCCAUCACGUGACCUAUCAUGACAACAAAGUUGGCGUCCUGCAAUGGCGGUGAUGGUGAAUGAGUCGGUGCUCUGACCGAGUGCUUUCGGUUGUGUGAGACCAAGAACUACAUAAAAGAAUGGAUCGAGGGAACAAUCGAAAAAAUUUGGAGGCUUUGACAGAAGAAGAGGAUGAAGAUGACCGACCCGAAAAAGAGGGUGAUGAAGACAGUGAAAGUGAAUCUGAAGAUGAUGAUGAUGAGGAGGAUGAGUUUUUGACACAACAUGGAGAACCUAACAAAUUUGAUGGGCUGUGUGAUGGUGUACUAAAUGCUAUUGCCCUUGUGCACAAUUCUUUUAAAGAGAUGCUGGAUCUGAAGGAUAAGUUGCUAAACCAUGCUCUGCCCCCUCCAGUUCUCAUUCAGCUGGCAAUGACCAGUAGCAGGCUUUUUCGCAGCAUAAGUGAUCUGAACAUGACAGUCAAUGAAUUAGUGCGACUGGUGCGACUCUUCUCCACGCCAUGGGAAGAAAAGAGUGCAGCUCUCAAAAAGCUUCAUGAAGAUUAUGAAAGUAAACAACGGCAGCUGAACAUUGCUAUAAAACGACUUCAGCUCGUGGAUGCUCAUUCUAAGCGCAUUGCUCGAGAAAAACGUAUCAUGAACUGGGAGAAACUAUUUACAAAAGUCACCUCUAGCAAAGGUCAUGGUCGUCGUUGGAAGUUUCUGAUUGAGACCAUCAAACAGAAAGCUAGAAUGGGGCUGGAGCAUGUCCAGGCUUACACUCAAGCUCUUGAAGAAUCAAGUGAGUCUGAAGAUGAAGAUGUGGCAGAUAAGGCACCAAUUGCUAGAGCUGAAUCUGGACUAAAGGGCAGCAAAGACACUGAUGAACAAGGUGAAGAGAAUAAACAUAGAGAUGAGGAAAAUAAUGCAGAUGAAGAUGAUGAAGAAGACAAUGAAAAGAGGAUAGUGAUGAUACUGAUAAUGAAGAAGCAGAUGAAGUCAGGCUUUGAAGGAUCAGAAAUAAAACUCAAUGGCUUUGAAGCUACUCAUAUCCCUAUAGUCAUACAUGUCACUGCAGAAGAUGAGGAAGAAAAUCUGGAUGAUACUUUCAGUCGUGUUGGCUCACCAAAGAAAGUUCGUUUUAAUGAGGAGACAGUGGUGACCCAAGCUGUCAAGCCACCAGUGGCAGAGUCUGCUGUAUGGACAGGAGAGCCUGAGUAUGACAGAUCUUUGUUUGUGCGGGUAUAUUGCCCUGAUGGCCUGCAGCAGACACAGUUGAGGUGUACACUCACCUGCAAUGAUCAGAUCUUCAAAACUGGGAUCUUGGACCCAGCAGAUGAUGAAGAAUCUGAAGUGGAACAGCCUGCCAAGCGGCCCAAGGCUGCAGUACAUGGGAUGAGUACAACAAGACCAUCUCCUGAAGUCUCGCUGACAAACUAUGGUGGUGUCAAGAAACAUAAAAAGUUUAAAGAAUUUGAGAUUCUGGUACCUGAGGAAGUACCAAAAGGAGCUUUACAACUGAACAAACAAGUAGCAGAACCUGCAAACAUUCAAGUGGCAGUGCAUCAUGGUCAGUAUGAAGAGCUCUUUGCAAUGGCAUCAAUAAACUUUCAAGACAUUAAAGAAUCGAAUCUCCAAACAGUUUACCUGCAGCCAGUAUAUGGUAAUGACACGAGUCUACAACUAGAAUUGGGAUCUUCAUCGGACCUAGCAGACUUCGACUCUGUUUCAGACUCUGUUGAACUCAUGCUGCCUGAUGACAAUUCAGACAAUAAAAUGCACACAGUGCUUCAGGAAGAUCAAGCAAGAGAUAUUAACAUUCUGCCAUUUCCGCUUUACCCUCUUCAUGCUGGAAGGUCUGAUGCUUUACAUAAGCCAUGUGGAACAGUGCCUCUCAUGCUAUUCUGGGGGAAACGAGAACGUCCACGCAUGUACACCAGACAGACCGGGACACUUGGUUUGAAUGAUCUUGUGUUUGAACUGACUGGAAUUGAUCUCAGCACCACCACUAAAGAGGAUCUGCACAAAGAGGCAAUGGAUCGUUCGACUUCUGCAGUAAUCUUCACCCCAGACGUUCAAGAGGAAACUGUGACAAAGUUGGAAUAUGACCAGCUGGUGUAUCGGCAUCAAGAAGAGCUGCAGUAUAUUCAAGAAGAAUAUGAAAGGAGGCUUCAGGAGCUCAUGCAGAGCUUGGAAGCUAUGCAGGAGGAGAACUUGGCUCUGUCACAACAGCAGCAGCAGCAGCAACAGAUUCUGCGACCACUGUCUACAAGCAGCCACAACAGUCGCAUCAGCCGUGGCAGUGCAUCCUCACCAGGACCAGUCCACUUCAUCCCUAUGCCACCAAAGAAGACCAUGACACCAAGAUCAAGUUCUGCAGAAAAAACUAUGUCCCGUCUUACUACUCCAGUUGAAGUAAAAUCAAUGCUUGAAUCAGGAGGCACAAAGUCAAGAUCUGAGCCCCCCAGGACAGCAAAGAGUCAGCGAAAAGUUAAAGUUGGUCAUGCUUUGCCCAAGUGGGGGGAAAGUCUACCUCAAGAUUUCUUUGAGCGGUUACGGCUGUUUCAAGAAGAAUCGAAGAUACACAAGCAGGAGCUGAGUGAACGUACACUUAAAGAGCUAAAAGAUAGUUUGGAAAAGAAACUGGCUGGCCAACACAAGCUCAGCAAACAAGAAGAGCUUGUGUAUGAUGCACUUAAAGAUGUGAGUCUUCCUGCAUUAUUCAUGCCACUAAAAACUGGAAAUAUAUUUAAUCCUCGUGCACAUCAAUACUUCCAUCCUACAGGUACUACUGAUGUGAGACUGACACAGCCACCUUCUGUCUUCCAGCUGCCACCACUGCCAUCCAAUAAUAAAUUGCCUGUGGUCAACCUGUUUGAGCUCAGCAAAAAUUUCCACAGGCAGGGUGCUCAGUGGUUGGUUGAGCGUUACAUACAACAGCAACAACCACUGGGCACCAGCCCAGAAACCCCUUUGUCUACAGCCAACCAGCCCCAUGAUUCUGCAGACCAGUUAUCUCCCAUGGAACAGGAACAGCAGUUGACAAGUUUUGGUCUUGAGGGCUCUCACAGUGCACAUGCUAGCUUGCCAGAACAAGAAGUUGAAGCGUAAACAGUUGACUACAAAAUUAUUUGCAUCCGUUUUUGAUUGAGCGCUGGGACUAUGUGAUGGUGUACUAUCUAGGCUCCGCUGAAUAGACUGAGAAAGCAAGGUCCAAGUUUUUUGAAAGGGUAUGGGACUUCUGAUUCUUUGGAGUUUGAAGUGUUAUAAAGUAUCUGCAAAAUACUUUGGUUUUUGAUCUAAAAGAAGGACUACUUUUGUGUACUAUCACUGCCUAACCAUCAGGCUUUGAUAUACUGGUUCAGAGAACAAAGUUUGAGCAAAGUGUGGUAUUUCUGAUUUUGAGAAUGUGACAGUUAAACAAAAACAAUUAAUAUAUCCCAGAAAAUGGAAUGUCUAUUGUCUUAUAUAUUUAUAUUUCUGUGUUAUAUCAUAAUACACAUGUCACUUUCUCCAUGCCUCUACAAGAAGAUGAUGAUGACUUUGCAGUAAAACAAGCAAUAUAACUGCAUGUUUCUAUACAUACCAAACAUCAGACACAUUGAACAGAAAAAUAUGCCUUUCAGAUAAACAUAUACCAAACAAAAAUAUUAAACUUCCUGUAGUCUUUUUAUAUUCUGUAACAAACAUAAACUAAUGGGGCUUUUGGGACCUAAAAAGCCCAGAACUGGACAUCAUGGAAAGAUUCAAUAUUUCAUAAUGUUAAAAAAAUUCUGAUGGCUGCUUAUGACAAUGACAAUUUCAGCAUGCUAAAAUGCUAUCAUUAUGUGGAUUACCAUUAUCUUCAAUUCCUAUUUGUGAACUGAACAUGUGACAAUAAUGAGUCUUCAAAAUGAUUAGUCCACGAACAUACUUUUAAUGCAAAAAAAUGAAUUGUCUUCUUUUAUUUGUUUCUAUCGAAAAAAAAGAUCAACGAAGAUGCAUGUUUAUUACUUUCUGCCUGGGCCAGCUGCACUUUAAGAAUAAUCAUAUGCUGUUUGCAUUUUUAUUUUUGAUACAAGCUUUGGUUCAGUAUUUUUCUUUUGUAUGAUUUGUUAAAUUUUUGGUUACUUUCACAGCUCCACAGGAUUAAUUUCAGCCUAUGAGUAUCUAAUGCAACAAUCUCUGUGGAUUACUUUCCAGCACAGCAUCAACACGUGUAGAAAUAAGUCGUUUCUUUACACUAAAUUUGCCUCAGAUUGAUAAUAAAAUCUUCAGGGAAAAGUCCUGUUCAUUCAUCUUGACUCAUUUAAAUUUUUUGCAUGUUGCAUAAGCAAACUUUAGCUUAAGAAUCAUAAGAUGUUUUUUCCAGAUUUUUACCCCCUCAUUAUUUGUGUUUAAAUGUUAUAAUGCAGUGCAAUCAUAUUUUUGUGUGUAAUGUUUAAGUGAUUGGUGCACUCUCAUUUUAAUGAGUGCAAACUAAUCACAAAGUUUGUUGUUUUCAUGCCACAAAUAAAGGAAGGGUUUCAAAGAAAGUGUAAUUGCAUCUCCCUAUCUGCAAUACUUAAUAUAUUACUGCUUGUGACUAUCAAAAAAUGUAGAAUGCAGCAUAUCCGAUGCAUUCUUUUGUUCCACAUUUCAAAUACUUUGUUUCUAUGUACACAUUUCUAAUGAUUAAAAUUUUUGUAGAUGCCAUUUAUUUGUUUCCAAAUGAUUAUGAACCUAUGAUAUGAAUUCAUUAUAUAUGAUGGAUGAAACUUAUUAUUUUUGCAGGUCCAUGUAACAAAUAAAUUUCAGGCCAUAUG